AUGUCACAACAAGCUCAGCGUAAGAGCCUCUGGGCACGGUCCCUGUACUGGACAAUCUCCAUACUCGCGCUUUCCAUGUUCUACAGAGCCUAUGUGCAAAACAUCUUAUUCAUCACACUGGGUGUCGGUCGCCAAAUUCAGCCUCUUGAAGAUUUUCCAUGGACAUGCACUAGGCAAUACCACCCUCUCCUGGAAGCCUGCGAGGAUAUGUGGCUAGAUCACCACGAUCGGAAACUUUACGCCGCAUGCUCGACGAUCGAAUCCCGGCAGGGAUGGAGCCCCGGUGGAAACAAGUACAAUGUCUCAGCACGCACUUUGACCGAUCAUAUCACUGUGUUGGACAUUGACGAUGUGGAUUCCGAUGGCCUGUCCGUUCCCCGCCAGUUGAAGAUUGGUGGUUACGAGGAUGCGUUAGAUCUUCAUGGGUUCGACGUGCGUCAUAUUGGAUCUACGGUGCGAUUUUGGUUGAUUAACCAUAAGCCCCCGAUCGAUUCGAUUACAGGCGAUGUUUUGGAUGCCUGGACUCAUGGUGCGAAUUCCACAGUCGAAAUCUUCGAUUUGAACAAAGAGACAGAUACAUUAGAGUAUGUCCGGACUAUCUACAGUGAUGCUAUUAUCUCGCCGAAUAAUAUAGCUGUUGAUGAUGAUGGAGUUGGAUUUGUGAUCACAAACGAUCACAAGGGCAAGACUGGACGCUUUCGUGAAUUGGAAAUGCUAUAUGGCGGCGGGAGUCUCACAUUUUGUCGAUCAGAUACUGGAAAGUGCAAUAUCGCUGCGACAGAAGGGUUUCAUAUGCCUAAUGGUAUAGCCAAGGGCAAGGAUGGUCUAUACUAUGUCGCGCAUUCUGUGACGGGGCUGGUGACCAUUCACAAGCUGGAGAAUGAUCAGCUGAAGCAGGUGGAUACCAUUUCGACUGGUUAUCCCGUGGAUAACAUCUCAUUUGAUGAAGAUGGAAGUCUCAUUGCUGCUGCCAUACCUGAUUCUUUUGCGUUUGUGAAGUCUGUAGAUCAUCCACAUGACUUUGUUGCACCGGCGACGGUGUUAGCCAGUCCCAUUAAAGGAGCGGACGGGAAGUGGGAGGUUUUGAAGGUUGUGGAAGAUUCCCUGGGGGAAAAGCUUCCAUCAUCAACAGUUGCAGUUCAAGAUACUCGGUCACGCCGUUUGUUUCUGGCAGGAGUGUUUUCUCCUUUCAUUAGCAUUUGCGAAAAGCGGGAGUGA